AUGAUGAACAAGGUAUCCUCCAUUCUCCCCAUCCGCCCAGGCCCCAAAGAAUUCGGGUUGCUGAUUCUUUGGUCUCUGCAGAAGCUCGACAGGCUCAAGCAAUGGGCAGGAGAGCGUAUGGGAGGAGAAGUCAAGACCGGGGCAUCGGAUGAGUUUCAGAACUUGGAGAUGGAGAUGAAAUUGAGGCAUGAGGGUAGGGCUCUCUGGAGUUUUGAUGCUCCUGGCCAACCACUGACGUAUGAUGGUUUUUAGGUGCGGAGAAGCUUCACAACACCAUGAAUGUCUACGUCAAAUCGGUCUCCCAGAAGUCUAUGGGGGAGGAUAAGGAGAAGAUGCUUCCUGUGGAUGUAAUGGCUCAAGCGAUGAUCUCCCAUGGCGAGGAAUUUGAAUCGGAUAGUGUUUUCGGAAACUGUCUCAUUAGUGCGUUUGCUCUCUUCCGUGAUGCUCCUAGCGGCGCCAUCGCCUUUCCCACGGAUGCUAACUACUAGAUUAGAGAUGGGUCAGGCCAACGAGAAGAUUGCUAGGGUUCAGGAUUCUUAUGUCGCCGCGGCUAGUGAGAGCUGGCUCGAGUCUCUUGAGAGAUUCCUAACUCAGAUGAAAGAAUAUCAGGUGAUUAGGGUUGCACCUUGGGAAAUAUUCGAAGGCCAAUUCGUUAAUCCUGCAAUUACAGGCCGCCCGUAAGAAGCUUGAAUCUCGAAGACUCGCCUAUGACGCAACACUUUCGAAGAUGCAAAAACAGAAGAAGGAGGAUUUCCGCGUGGAAGAAGAGCUGCGGGCACAGCGCAUCAAAUACGAGGAAUCUAGUGAAGAUGUGUAUCGUAGAAUGGGAGACAUUCAGGAAUCCGAGACCGAAACUAUGGCGGAUUUGACCGCGUUCCUUGAUGCCGAGUUGGAGUAUCAUGAUCGCUGCCGGGACAUCCUCAUGGGUAUUAGGCAGAAUUGGCCGACUGGGUAGGAUACCAAAUAUCCGGGCCUACUGGUUUUUUGAGCUGACAAUGUUUUGUGUAGACUUGGAGCAAAAGAUAAGAAGCGCAUCCGUUCUCGCACCAAUACAGCUCAUUCCUUCGGUAACGGCAGCGGAAUCCGAGAGGAGUCCCCGCCGCCCCCACCUCCGCAAGUUGAGAGGCCCUCCAUUCGUUCGCGUGUUAACAACACUGGAGGUUCUCCGGAAUCGGAUGACAGAAGUGGCCUGUUCCGAAUGCCCACUCCGGAUCACAAUGACAGGCUAUCUUCAAAGCCUGUCUUCCACCGCACUAAUACCUCGCCUAUGCCGGGACGCUUCAGCCAAUAUGAGAGUGAGAGCAUGGCGCGGAGGAGAUCGGACCAAGGAGGGCCGCCUCCGCUGCCUGCUACCCGCACUCUGAGGUCAGCGAAUGCAGAUGUUUUCUCGGACAACAACAGCCAUACUUCUUCCACCCGUAGUUCCCCUGAUAGGGAGAAAUAUCGCUACGAGGAGCGUUCCGCAUCUCCUGCGAGGUCUGCUACCCCUUUGACUAGCCAGGGCCUAUCAAGGACGUCUAGCAACAAUGCACUCUCUAGUGCGUACAACGCCCCCGGCGCUGGGAGGAAGCAAGCGCCUCCGCCGCCUCCUCUAUCCCGAGGAUUGAAGAAGCCGCCUCCACCACCGCCCCCAGCUAAAAGGUCACAAUUAGCCUCGGCUUACGAGAACUGAUUUUCCUUACUGUCCCAUCGAUAUGUUUUCCCUUUGUUGUUUUCACUAUACCGCUGUGAGGCUCCAUAGAAUUAGCUUUGUGGUCGCGGGAUAUUGGAUAUGAAAUGGUAGUACGGGGUUUUAGUUCGGACAAGGAGGCUAAAAAAAAAUCAACUGUACAGGGUUCUUUUUCAAUUGACAGCGCGCGCGCGUAUGGGUAGCAAACUUUACCGGUUCUCCGUUUAAGUAGUUUUUGUUCUUUUGGUCUUUUAGUACGGUGGCUUUUUUUUCUUUUCCCUCCUCUCUUUCUUUGGGUUUGAUAGAUUACUUCUUGACAUGGAAUCGGACAAGAAAUCAAAUGGAGUUCGCUUGGACCUGUCGGGCUAAUAGAUUGAGAAUGAGGUUGUUGGAUCGAUGGGUUGAUUGGUUGUUUACUGGAUUUUUUAUCUGCUUAGAUCGGCGCAUCACACGAUACAGUCGUUACUCGGGCACCUCUACUUUGUGAAUAAAGGUUAAAUGACAUACCAUCAUCACGUCAACCUUGUAUCCCGGCAUGGUAGUAUUGUACAUAUAAAAAAACGCUUUCCGGAUCUAUCCCCAUCCCCGAGUGCAUAUCACAACUCAUCACUCGCCAAAGGCCCAAAGCCCACGUCCCACAACAAGGAAAGUCUGCUAAGAGUCUUGGCAGCGGGAGGCUCAGUCCAGGAGACAGAUCCAUCCAUCGACAACAUCAACAAACGUUAGUUUACAGCACCGCACCGCAUCGGUACUCCCAAUCAACUAAAGCUUCUUCCUUCGAUAACUCCACACCGCAGAUACCAGAGAGCGGGCACCCAAAAACCCAACUUUCCACCACGCACUACCCCCCAAAUUCCUUCACUAUGAAGCCAAUGUUUUCCCUGUACGUCAUUUCCCUACUCCCACUCCCUCUCCCAUCCUCUGCUUUCCACCGCGCGUCCAUUCAUUCCGGCCUGUUAACUAACCAAACCAAACCAUCACAGUUUCAACGUCUGGUCAUGGUAACCUCCCCUCCCGCCCUCCCACCUCCCCUACCCUAGGCAGAGGUUAAUGCGCACCCAGCAUCAUAACCUCCAUCUUCGGAAUCGUCAUAUUGAGCGUCCUGGGCGCGCUUUUCAAGUCCGGGUAUGCAUUUCAUUCUUCUUCAUUCCCUCCCACACGGGGAGUGGAGGGGUGGGAAAACGGACUGAUGAGAGAGAGGGUGGUUGACUGGUUUUAGGCACGAAACAAUGCUCGGAUCAACCGGGGAUCCGGAGGACGGUGCAAAAGUUGCCGGAGUCCUGUUCGGGGCUGUCAUAGUUUACGCCGGGUUUUUGGUAUUUUGUACUGGGCAGGCGUGGUUGCAUAGGCGGGAGAGGGGGGUGCAGUUGCAGUAGAUGGAUGGAUGGAUGGGUGGGUGGUGCAGAAGAUUCGAAGGUAGAGGGGAAGGUGUUAAUUAUUGAGGUGGUGAUGGUGUGAUAUUGGGUGUCUGCCCUUUCUUUUUUCUCUACCUCUCAUUUUUCUUUUUGUUCGUUACUCUUUGAAUAUAUUAUGUUUGGGGUUU